UUGGCAACAGCGGAUGCGCGGUUCUUCCACAACUUUUUUUAAAGUUUAAAGUUGCGAACACGAAUUCUUUAGUUUCAAUUGAGAACUCAGAAAAUUUUGUUUUAGUUUUCUCUGAAUGUUAAAAAGAUGGCAGUUAAAAGAAAGUAUACUGGAGAUUGCUUAGAUCAGUAUGUAUGUAGUGCUAAUGAAGUUAUUAAGUUGAAGUUUGUUCGAAAUCCGGAAGAUAUUGAAGAUGACAAAAAUUCCUUUCCCCCUGAAUAUACCCAUCAGUUUUUUGGUGACAGUGAAAAUAUAUUUGGUUACAUAGGUCUUCAAGUAAACUUUUUGUAUUCAGCAUGCCGUUUAUUACCACUCUUUCAAAUGUCCUACCGCGAAAAGGUAAAGUCUGCACACACUGGUGGCGUUGAAGCUGAUGAUGUAUACAAGAUAGUGACAGAUAAACUAGAAAUGGAAAUUUCUCAAGACUUGGAUGCCCUUACUAAUGCUCUGCCAAAAGAAAGCAAUUUUAGGCCAUUUGGAGAGUUAUUGAGUUCUUUUUCUGUUGAAAACGACGAAAAAGAAGAGUUCUAUAAAAUAUAUCGUGCAGAUAAUGAAACUCCUGGUUUUCUGGAUUAUCACCAACGCAUGCAAACUCUUGUGUUAUGGCUAAUAGAUGCGGCUUCGUACAUUGAUGAAGAGGAUGAAAAGUGGGAUUUUUUCGUUUUGCACCAACAUUGCAAAGAUGGUGAUGAUGAGUGCUAUCCUUUUGUUGGUUAUGCGACUGUUUAUCGGUAUUAUGCUUAUCCAUGUAAACUUCGGCCUCGUAUCAGUCAAAUGUUAGUAUUGCCGCAGUAUCAAAAGCAAGGUUUAGGUACAAGGUUAUUAGAAGCUAUAAACAAUUGUUACAUCAAAGACUCGGAUGUUAUUGAUAUUACAGUCGAAGAUCCAUCUGAAGAGUUUGUGCGAAUAAGAGAUGUGAUAGAUUCAAAAAAUUGUCAGACACUUCCUGCAUUUUCGAAAGAAAAUCUCCUUAAAGGUUUUAGCAAGGCUAUGACGGAAGCUGCGAAAGAUAAUUUUAAAAUCAACAAGAAACAAGCGCGUCGAGUGUACGAAAUUUUGCGGCUUAAGAAUACCAAUUUAGAUGAUAAAAAUGAAUAUAAAGCCUACCGAUUGGCUGUUAAAAAUCGCCUAAACAUACCAUUCCAGAGAGAAAAACUGGAUAUGGAGAAAUUGCAAAAGACAUUAACACCCGAUGAGUUGAAAGCUGCUGUUGAUCCUAUUCCUCGAGAGCAACGAAUAGAGCAGCUGGAACAUAUGUAUACUGAACUAGAAGAGAAAUAUAAGCAUGUAAUUGAUAGAUUGAAUGAGCUUGAAUUGGGAAAGUAAUGAUGGUAGUUAACUUAUGAUUUUCAUGUAAAAUAAGUUAAUAAUUAACAAACUAAUUAUUAAUAUGCUUACUUGAAUAUUUCAAAUUUAUUAAUCCAUCAUUUUACAUGUGUAAUUUUGAAAAUUUCUGAAGUAUACUCAUGUAAUUAAAAGAACGUUUGAAUUUGAUAUGGUAUAAUAAUGAGUGUUGCCAAUAUUUUUCGUGAAAAAUAAGUCAAUUGAAGUUAUUUAAUUAAUCACAAUUAGAUUGCUUUAUAUAAAGUUUAUUCUUUGUUUUAAUCCAUCAUUUAACGUAAUAUUUCUGUGUUGUGUUGCUUUAAAAACUUCAGUUAGUGAUUACAAUUUUAAAUCAACAUGGUAUUUGCUUUGAGAAUAUGUUUGUUUCUAAUAUCUAAAAUUAAUUUUGAAUCGGAACUGCUGAGAAAUUUGCCAAGUAUGUAGUCAAUGGAGGUUGUUCUAAAUUCCUUUUUCUUUUGGAUUACUAACUGGCAUUUGAGUGCUAGCUUGUCAAACAUUUUGAUUUGACUGACAAUUAAAUUUUAUAAAUUGCAGCUGACACAACUGUUCUAAUGAUUUUGUUCAUUUUCCAAUUAGUUCUGUGUCUGAUAGCUUGCAAAAUUACAAAUUCUUUCAAACAACUACCAUAUAUAUUUAAAAAAAAGAUUAAACUGAUUUUAACAAUAAUUUUUUUAAGAAGUAAAUGUUUAUUGGUUAUUUGAAAAUUGGUUAAAUAUUAACAAAAUUUAAUUACAUUCAUCUUGAUUAUUAAUUUUAAUGUAAGCAAAAUGUAGUAAUUUUUUUUAACUGCCAUUAUCGCUGAUUAUUUAUGUUCGAUUGGAUUAUCAAAUCAACAAUGUUAGUAAAAUGUGUUAAUAAAUUUGGAUGUGAAUGAAUGUUAUCAAUGUUCUCACUUGUUUUCGAUGCAUUAUAAGUUACUCUGGAUUGUGAAAUUGCAUGUUAGUGUUUUACAUAAAGAAAAUGUCUAUAAGUUUCGAUAAACAAAAGUCAAAUUACUAAGACAAACAUUAAAAAAUUUUUAAACUAUUCUUUAGCUUUUAUUUUUGAAAGGCAGUUUCUAAAUUAUAUAAAUCUGUUGGUCUUUUUACCCAUACAAAUAAUAUGGAUAACAUAGAUUGCUUAAAAUAUAUCUGCAAUAUACUAUUAUUUUAAUUUGCAUUUGAUAGUUUUCUUUUUUUAAUUCUGACAAAUAGUGUUCAUUGACACGGUUGAGUGAUUUGGAAAAUGCCAUUGUUCAUUUUAUCUCUUAAAUAUUUGGCUUGAUGGUGAUGGGUGGUUAGAACUCUGAUUGUGUUGUCUAAUCAGUUACGUUUGCCAAAUUUAUUUGCUGAAUUGUUUGUUCUGAAAUGAAUGUUGCUAUAUAGUUGGUAUUUUAACUUUUGAAUCUAAUGAUAAUUUAAAUACCACAGUUGAAAUAUUGUAAAGAGAAAAAUACUUUAUUCAGUUAGUGUGUAAAUUUUUUCAUUGCAUUGUAAUAAGUUUCUAUCCUUAGUAUAGUAUUCAAAAAUAUUUUCUAAGGAGUACCAUCUGUAUGUACCAAGUUGUUUAGUUUAAAACUUUUUGCAAAUUGCUAAUUGAACUUGUUGCAAUAGAUUAAACUGAUAUGGUAGUUACGAAAAAGUAGUGUGGGCAGUAUUUUAUACAAAACGCCUUAUAAUGUUAUAAUAUAAUAAAAUAUUUAAUAUAUAAUUAAUAAUUAAAAUAUAAUAAAAUAAAAAAUUGUUUCUUAAAAUUUUUUAAAACUUUCUAUUCUAAGACUACCUUAUUCAAAAUUGCUUUUUCUUGUUUUGAUAAGAAGGCAAGAUAGGAAGAUUUCUAUAUCUUGAUUUGCAGCAGAAUGAUUACCAAAUCUGUACACCUACUAUGCAACGGCUACAAAUAACCUUUU